AUGAACUCUUUCCGCAUCGCCCGUGCGGCUCUCCGAGCUCGCCCUGUCGCCGUCCGAGUUCCCCUCCAGCGAAGAACCUACGCCGAGGCCAUCAAGCUGAGCCUUGCCCUCCCUCACCAGUCUGUCUACAAGUCCCACGAUGUCGUCCAGGUCAACAUCCCCGCCGAGUCUGGAGAGAUGGGUGUUCUCGCCAACCACGUUCCUUCCAUUGAGCAGCUGAAGCCUGGUCUGGUUGAGGUUGUCGAGGAGUCCGCUGGCUCCAAGCAGUUCUUCCUCUCUGGUGGAUUCGCUACCGUUCAGCCCAACUCCGUCCUUAGCAUCAACGCCGUCGAGGGUUACCCCCUUGAGGACUUCAGCGCUGAGGCCAUCCGAGCUCAGAUCGCCGAGGCCCAGAAGGUCGCCAACGGCAGCGGAAGCGAGCAGGAUAUUGCUGAGGCCAAGAUCGAGUUGGAGGUUCUCGAGUCCCUGUCUGCUCAUGUGAAAUAA